GGCGAAGUUGCCUUCAAUUGUCCAAGCCUAACGUCAUGGAAAGAGUUACUUCGUUGCAGCGCGCACCAGAAUAAACCUAAAGAAACAACACUGACCCUGUGUGCUGCGUGUUGAUACUACAAAGGAGGGGAUUGUUUGAUCACCGGUUUUGCUUUCUGCUUCAGUUUAAAGGAUCGACUGGAAGAUGCGCAGGAACCUGUUUACAAGGAAAAGGCAGCAAGUUUCAGACUGAGGGAAUGCGGAUCAGGCUCAAUGCACAGGGAUACCAUUACUCAUCCGUCUGUUUUUCUUCACGCCAGGCCACUUUGUCUUGGAAAUAUUUCUACCGAGGAUCGUUUUAAGGAUCCGGAAUGAGAACCCAGAGUCUCGUGAGUGAGCAAUGCGAGGUAUCAGAGCAGUUUGUGAGGAUUAAAUCCACCGGCGCUGCUUUUGGAGGAGCUGUUUGGUGAAUCCAGAUUUUGUUAUUGAACCUGUUGUGUUUGUAAUGUGAAAGAAGGUAUCAUUAGAUCCUGCAUGAGGAAUGUAAUGUGGUAUAGAGCCUUGAAAGCUUAAACUUAUUAGACUUUAAAGCAGAAUAGUUUAAAGGACAAUAGAGGGAUAGCCUCAAUGGGCUGAGGAUGCUAGUGCUCACAGGAGACAUAUUUUAGACUCUUUUUGGUGGAUAGCAGUAAUGGUUUUACAUAACUGCUGACUUCCCCUUUGUUUACUAAGUCAGGUCAUUAAAUUUACAUGGUAAAUGCCGGCCUGUUGCACACCUGAUCCAACAGCUGCCAUGUAAUUUGAGAUGUUUGAAUAUAACUGUGAGCUAGUGUCAGAUGUUUCCAAAACAGCAUGCAUCCAGACAGUAGCAUCAUUAUAAUCUAAGCACUAUGUGCAUGUAGUUUUUUUUUUUUUUACUUUGCUUUUGGACCCACUGGAGUAUCAAGAUGUCAGCCAAAGCCAAAGCCAAAGCAAUCUACACUUUCCAAAGUGAGAACAAAGAGGAGAUCAGCAUCCAGGAGAAUGAGGAACUGGUAAUCUUUGAUGAGAACUCGGUGGACGGCUGGUUUCAGGGGGAGAACAGCCGAGGGGAGAAGGGUCUGUUCCCUGCGUCUUAUGUGGAAAUUAUUCGCACGCGCUCCAACUCAAACGUGACCGACUGCUCCAUAAGCCCAGCAGGAUCUUUAGGAAAUGACUCCUCCUUUUUCCCCUCGACCCCAAACUCUUCCCUGCACAUGCAGCAGAGUUUCUACGUCGACGAUGAUGACGAUGACUGGGACGACUGGGACGACAGGUCGACAGUGGUGGAUGAUGCUGACCACACCAGGAGCCCCGGGGCCAAUGGACAUGCGCAUCAGAGCCCACUUUCCAACAACCCCAAUGUCUACUACCGGUCCAAACCCCACAUGGAGAGGCAAGACAGCAUCUCCAGCUCCAGGAAAGGAAGUAUGGUGGGAAGGAACUUGAACCGAUUCUCCAGCUUUGUCCGCUCAGGGGUCGAAGCGUUCGUCCUGGGCGAUGUCCCCAUGAUGGCAAAGAUAGCAGAGUCUUACACCAUUGAUAUGUGUCCCUUGGGGCCCGGGUGGAAGGAGAGCCCGCAGCCUUUCAACUGCUCCAUUGAAGACCCAACCAAACAGACAAAGUUCAAGGGUAUCAAGACGUAUAUUUCGUACCGGGUCACGCCGAGCCACACAGGACGACCCGUCUACAGACGCUACAAACACUUUGACUGGCUGUACAACCGCUUACUGCACAAGUUCACUGUGAUCUCUGUUCCUCACCUGCCUGAGAAGCAGGCCACGGGGCGAUUUGAAGAAGACUUCAUCGAGAAGCGAAAGAGACGAUUGAUACUCUGGAUGAACCACAUGACCAGUCACCCGGUCCUCUCCCAGUACGAAGGCUUCGAGCACUUCCUGAUGUGUGCAGACGACAAGCAGUGGAAACUGGGCAAGAGACGGGCGGAGAAGGACGAGAUGGUGGGCGCACAUUUCAUGCUGACCCUCCAGAUUCCCAACGAGCACCAGGACCUUCAGGAUGUAGAGGAGCGGAUCGACUCCUUCAAGUCCUUCGCCAAAAAAAUGGACGACAGCGUGAUGCAGCUCACACAUGUUGCCUCGGAGCUGGUUCGUAAACACCACGGCGGGUUCAGGAAGGAGUUCCAGCGACUGGGAAACGCCUUCCAGUCUAUCAGCCAGGCGUUCAUGCUGGACCCUCCUCACAGCUCAGACACCUUCAACAACGCCAUCUCUCACACAGGCCGCACCUACGAGAACAUUGGAGAGAUGUUUGCAGAGCAACCUAAGUAUGACCUCUUCCAUAUGCUGGACAAGCUGUCGCUCUACCAAGGCCUGCUCGCCAACUUCCCUGACAUCAUUCAUCUACAGAAAGGUGCCUUUGCCAAGGUGAAGGAGAGCCAGCGGAUGAGUGACGAGGGAAAGAUGGACCAGGACGAGGCGGACGGCAUUAGGAAACGCUGCCGGACGGUUGGGUUUGCCCUCCAGGCAGAGAUGAGCCACUUCCAUCAGCGGCGAGAGGUGGACUUCAAAGACAUGAUGCAGGCCUACCUCACGGAGCAGAUAGCCUUUUACCAGCGUGUCGUCCAGCAACUGGAGCGCACCCUGCGCAUGUACGACGGUCUGUAAGGACACCGAACUGCUGCCCGGUUCAAGAUGCCAAAAAAACAGACAAGAAAAAAAGAAACUCUUUUAUCAAGUUGUUCUAUGUCGGUCGUGUUUGGUUCAGUUUAAAAAAAGACUUGCAGAUACAGGAAGCUGCAGUUACUGGGAAGACGUUCGAAGCCAGUCAGUCUUUCACUUUGAUGGAUUCAAAGUCAUGUUUUUUGUUAUUUUUAAAGACCUACUGUACCUGUUAUUCCUAAAACACACAUCACAUAGACUGUGUCUCCACAUAUUGUUUAUUUCAUAUAAUUUAAGGUGUGUGUGACAUUAAAAUAAGAUUAUAGGUUUCAAAUUCAUAGCGAAUCUAUAGUUGAUUGUUUUAUAGUGUAACACAAGCCAGAAACGGGUUCUGUUUUGAGUUGUCCCCUCCUCUCCAACAUCAUGCACUUUGGCUUUUGCUGGGACUCGUACAAGUUACUUCUAAAAUCCUAGGAUAAUACAAAACAGCAGUCAUCUAGUUAUUUACCAACAAGUCAGUUUCUCUGUUGAGGACUCACUCAUAUCAUGUCAGCAGUUAUCUUUCAUAUAUCAUGCAGCAAGUGCCUUUAAGGAACUGAGGCUUUCUGGUGGAAUAAUUUUACAUGGACCGGUUGUCUGUAGCAUGGCUUGUUAAUAGGAAUGAGUUGUAUGUAGAAACAAGUUUGCACAUGUUUUUGUAUUCUAGUAUGUGGGGGUUUGUGUAAAUGUAUGUGUGUGAGUGAGUGAAACCAGUUGAUGGUGGUGCUGAUGCAUUCCCAUGUCCACAGUGGAAAACAAGGAAAGACAAGGAAACAAGGAAAGUUUGUCUAGCUAACUAGUAGGAAAAUAAUGAGAUGGUUAACUGGUUCUAUAAGGAAGAACAUCAUCUUAUCAUUUCAUUUUAUGAAUUCAGUCAUGAACUUGAUGCAAGACCAAAAUCUUACUAAUGCAGAGGUUAAGCGUGUCAUGAAGUGUAGGUUUAAAAACUGCAUGAUUUGAGGUUGAUAGAUCAUAACAAGUAUAUCAGGUGUUCAAAAAACAUCUUGUAACACAUCAUGCUUAUCAGGUAAGCAUCAAUCCAUACCCCUAAUAACUUCAAGAAAUAGUUUAUUUCUUAAAAACACUUAUUUGCUUUCUCGUCUGUUAAAUAUUUAGCUGCAGCCACCAGUUAGUUAACUUAGCUUAGCAUAAAGGCUGAACACAGUGAAAUAGCUGGCCUGGAUCUUCAAGAAUCCUGUAGACCUCUGAAAAACAUCAUCAUCUACUGUUUUUUUCAAGUCAUGAUUCCUCCAAAACAAAUAUGUGUCCCUUGACUUUUAUAUAAAGUAUAAAUAAGACAGUAAAUAUGUGAUUUGAGUAGGAGUUAUCACACUGCUAAAUCAGUACAAGGCACAAACCAGGUAAACCACACACCAUUCUUACAGCUGGGUUUCUGUAUGGAUUAAACUAACAACAUUCAGCAUACAACAUACAAUGGUUAAGUGAAUUUGAAAGGAAGAAGUGCUGAUUCAGAAGAGGUGCUGAUAAAUGAGAUACAUUUCCUGCGUGGAGAGAGCCAGACCAGCUGUUUCCCUGUUUCUAGUAUUUAUGCUGAGCGAGGCCAAACAGCCUUAACCUUAUCUUUCAUUGUGAAAUGUUUUCAAUCUCAGCAAGAUGUCAAGUCAGUUUAUUUGAAAUAAAUUCCAUUGCAAUUUUAUGACAAAGUAAGCAAACAUAUGUGAUAUUGCUUGAUUUUUUUUUAACAUUUAGUGAACAAACUUUUCCACACAAAAUGAGAUUUGACUUUUGUCUCGCUCUCCCAUUCUUCCUUUUAGUUUGAGUGAGUGUUUAUUACUUAAUAGGAGCUGUUCCAGUAACAUUACUCACUCAGUUUAACAAGAGAAAACCUUCAUGGCAACUUGCGGUUCGACGAGACUAUCUUUAGAGUUAACCUAAGAGGUUUAAUUUGGAGCCUGUGCUGCGUUUAUAAGCAUUACCUCAAGACGCUCAGCGGUUCGUUUUAGUGAGCUUCACACGCUUCUUCUCCAGAGAUUCCCAGAGUUAAUUUAUCUUUUGAGAUAUCAGUUAUCAUUCAGAUGGUAGGGGGUUUGAACCAUCAGUGACGUGUUUGUGAGGGCAUGAAAUUUAAAAUGAAAGUCCACUUGUUUUUCUGAAUUUCAGAAUUGGAAGAAACCUUUAUUAUGAUUCCUCCACAACAAAGAUGUGCUGAUUCAGAGCACGGAUUUCUCAGUAAACAAAGAGUCAGUGUGUCUGUGUGUGUGUUUGUGUUUUUGUCUGUGUGUGACUCAGAAAUGUCUGUUACUGGUACUGUUCAGUCCACAUCUGUGGCCUUUUAACUCUUUGCUGUCUAAAAUGUGUUGUUUCUGUUUUUUAUUGAUGAACUAACCUUUUCUUUUCAUGCAUCAGCAUUGUUGUCUCAUUUCUGUUAGUGUUUGCACUCAUUGCAAUUUCUCCAAGACCAAAGAAGUCAGACUUUUCUACUGGCCUUCCUUUUUUUUUUUUUUUUUUUACUCUGUUUGGUUGUAGUGACAUCAAAUGUGCCCUCUGGUUUUGUAAUUUCAUCUGAUUUGGGGAAAAUGUGAGGAGCACAUUUGCAAAAAAAAGAGAGAAACAUUCCACAAAGAUGAAAACAUUAAAAAAGGACACCAAAGGCAAUGUCGGAAUUUGGCAAACGAUAACAUGAAAGGUGAAAAACAGAAAGAGAAAUAUAAAUCAAAGAAGUGUUUGCAGCCUCAAUCAGGUUUCAUGAUGAAACUCUGCUCUCAAGUUCCAAAGCUGCAUGAUACGUUGAACACCAAGUAGUUCACACAAUUGACUGUUUCUGGAAAUUGGUGUGUGACCUGAAGCAACUCUGCUUGAGUUUCAGUCUUGAAAAUAACAGAUGGUGAUUUGCAGCAAGUAAUUUGUCACAUGAUUUAAGGGAAGGGGACCUGAAAAAAAGUCUUAAUAAAAGGAAUGAUGGAGAUCA